UCAUUCAACUUCACGUCUGCCUGCUUGCUUCUCUCACCUAUUCUGCAAGCAGCACACCACCUGCUAAUAAAAACUCCCGUUCGCCUCAGCAAUUUCUCCACCCGAAUAAUCCGGACUGCCAGCACCACCACCAUGAUAUUGCGAUUUGUGAGCAAAGAGGGCCAGUUCCGACUCAAUGUCGAGCCGACGACAGCUUUCCCAGAUGUCAUACCUCAGAUAGCGGAGAAGCUGCCCUCUAAUAUCGACAUCUCGAGCAUCACAGUUAGUAACAAGCCGCACGGAGGCGAUGCCAGGAAGAUCGAGUCUUUGCAAGGCGUGACAUUCAAGCAAGUGGGCUUGACACACGGUGCACAGCUGUUUCUCGACUUCCAAGAACAAGCCUCUCCCACCAACGGCCAUGCUGCAGCUCCGGCCGGCGCAGCUCGCUUGAAUGGCAAGCCCAUCGACCCCUCCGAUGCUCCCUCCGUACCUAUCGGCUCCUCCACACAGCUGAUUAAGAACCCGUGGGAGGUGGUGAAACAGUCAGCGCUGGAUGAUAGGUUAGACAAACUCGAUGGAAAGAUUCCGCGGAAGCUGGACCAGAAGAUGUGCAGGCAUGGCCCCAAAGGUAUGUGCGACUACUGCAUGCCUCUAGAACCAUAUGCCGUGGAAUACUUGGAAGACAAGAAGAUCAAGCAUUUGUCAUUCCAUUCAUAUCUUCGAAAGAUCAAUGCUGGAAAGAACAAACCCGAGAGUGGAACUUCGUAUAUGCCUCCGUUGAGCGAACCUUACUUCCGCGUUAGACCAGACUGCCCAUCCGGCCACAAACCGUUUCCCGAGGGUAUUUGCACCAAGUGCCAGCCCAGCGCCAUCUCGCUUCAACCACAGGAAUUCCGCAUGGUGGAUCACGUCGAAUUCGCAUCGAUAGCCGUCGCCGAUGAUAUCGUCAAUUUCUGGCGCAUGACGGGUGCUCAGCGGUUAGGAUACAUGUACGGCCGGUACGAGGAAUAUACGGAGGUACCACUUGGAACCAAAGCCGUGGUGGAAGCUAUCUACGAGCCCCCGCAAGUCAAUGAGACGGAUGGAAUAUCGCUGAGCGAAUGGGAGAAUGAGGCAGAAAUCGACGAGCUAGCACGGCAAUGUGGCCUACAGCGUGUCGGAGUUAUCUUCACGGAUCUGCUAGAUGCGGGCGAGAACGACGGUACUGUCAUCUGCAAACGACACAUUGAUUCCUACUUCCUCUCAUCGCUGGAGAUUGUUUUUGCAGCAAGAUAUCAAGCAAAAUACCCCCGACCAACAAAAUGGAGCGAGACCGGCAAGUUCGGAUCCAAUUUCGUAACAUGCGUGAUAAGCGGCGACGCGGAAGGUCAGAUUGGCAUAUCUUCGUAUCAAGCAUCCAAUACUGCUGUGGAAAUGGUCAAAGCAGACAUUGUCGAGCCGUCGGCAGAACCAUCCGUCAUGCUAGUGCAGUCUGAGGAAGACAACGAAGCCCUUAACAAGGCGCGAUACAUCCCGGAGGUCUUUUAUCGCAAGAAGAAUGAGUACGGCGCAAAUGUGCAGGAGAACGCGAAACCAGCUUUCCCAGUUGACUACCUUCUCGUUACACUGACACAUGGAUUUCCCAACCAACCCAACCCAGUCUUCACGGGCCCGAAAUUCAAGAUCGAGAACCGAGAAUCUAUUGGCGAGUUGCAGGAGAUUUCAGGACUGUCCACUGCGCUCAAUGCACGGGCAAACGGACUCGCUCUAAACACAGCAAGCGGCCUCAAAGCUGUUUCCAAUUUCCACCUGCUAUGCUUCAUCCACGGUCUAGGCAUACUGGCAAAGGACGAAGAGACACUCCUCGCCAAAGUCGCGGCCGAACACGACCUCUCGCAAGGCCUGCAGCUGCAACAAUCAGGCGGCUGGGCGACGCUGUUGACUAUACUAAGGGAAUCUGGUGAGCGACCCCCGAAACGUCCUUCCCCAUAUAUAGAUGCCUCGGUAGGCUAUGAAUCCGACUCUGCACAAUUAGCUAAGAGGGUUAAGGGGGUUAGCUUGAAAGGAAAGAGAUGA